AGCAUCAACAUAUUGCCGAUUCAUCGCCCGGGAGUCUUAUCUGGGCUAAGUGGCGUGAAAUGAAGCGUUAGAAUCGCAGCUAAUAAAACUUGAGGAGUAUUUGAAGGAGAGCUGGGACGCGCCUUCUGCUGGAACGGGCCGCGAGAAUCGUUGGAGGAAGCAGAUCCAGCAGAUCCUAAUAUUGGGAACAGAGUCCGUAGUGGCCAUUUGGAAUGCUAUUGUCAAUGCAUGCUGAUUGCUCAUGAUUGCUCAGUCAUCCUGCAUGAUCCUCAUUCUCCAUCCAUCUCUACUUGCUGCAUGCCUUCUGUUUAGGCCUGACUAAGGCUCUCUUGUUCUUUCUGUCCAUCAUUAACAUCACUAUGGGCAAAGAUGGAGCUAAAAGUAACCCCCAUAAUCUCUCCUCCAAGAAAGGCUCUCCUUCCAACAAGCAUCGCAGUGGACCUGGUUCUUCAUCCAGAUCUGGUUCCAUUCCUGAUCCGGCUAGGGAAAUAGAGCGGCUGCGGGCCGCUCUGGAGGUGGAGCGCAGCCGGAACCAACAGGCACGCCGGCGCUUCUCUCUGGAGCUCCGGCGGCAGCGAGACGAGGCGAGAGAGGACUGUGAACGAGCACUGAAGGAGCUGACCUCCAGGCACGAGCAGCAGAAGGCUCUGGAGCUGCUGCAGCAGCGCAAGGCCCUGGGCCAGGAGCGCGCUGUGGAGAUCCGCCGCCUGCUGGGCCGUCAGGGCAGGGAGCGACGGUGCUCCGACUGCGCCAGUCUCAGGCAGGCUGGAGAGCUGCGCUGCAGGCUAGCUGAUGAAAUUGUUGGCAUUGUGAAACCUAUGAACUGUGGGAAAGCAGGCAAGAACUGGGAAAGGAACAACCUGGGGUGCAAGGGGAACGGUGCCAUCUACCGUAAGCUGGAGGAGCUGCUGAAGACACUGCAUGGGGAGGCAGAAGGGGAGCAGGCUGUGCUUCUUCAGCACCUCCAGCAAGAAGUGGAACUCGAGAAGAGCUACUUCUUAUGCCACUUGCUAGAGGUGCAUGGACACCCUGCAGAGAAGGAAGGGGAGGCCAAAGGUCAUAAAGGGCACUUGGUCAGACUGUCCAGGACCAGGUCAAAGAGCUGUGUGCAGUUCCAGAGCAGCUGUCAGAAUCGUCCCGAAUCACCCAGCAAGAGAAAUCCAUCCAUCGCCCGUUCCCGCUCGCUGUCGCAGCAAAUUCAGUGUGCGUCCCCACUGCCCAUGAAAACGAAUAAGCAGGGCUUAUUGAGCUCAUCUGAGAGGAAGCAUUCUGAGCAAACCUAUUGCACCUCUUCACCAGUAGAAGAAAAGGCCAGCAAAGGGGAGCUUUCAGGAAUCAUACCUAACCCGAGUUCACCCGAUGUCGGUUGGGACCUCCAGAGUUCCAGCCCAUCUCUGGAGAAGUCAUCUCCCUCCAGAUGUUCAGAGGACAAUAUGGAAGAGUCGAAUGGCACCGAUUACAGCUUCCUGGUGCGGCAGAACUCGGAGCUGCUGAGGGCCCUGGAGGAGUUGGAGAAGACAUGCUCCACACUCAGAGAGGAGAACAGCCUGCUGCGGAAGAGCAGUUGUCCUGAGACAGAGGAGAAGGUGAAGAGGCUGAGGAGGAAGAACACAGAGCUGGCUGUCAUUGCUAAGCGCCUGGAGGAGAGGGCACGGAAGCUGCAGGAGGCCAACCUUAAAGUGGUGAACACUCCUCUUCCUGUAAAGCCGGGUGCAGUAGAGCAGUAUAAGCGGGCAUUUGCGAGGCAGCGUGCGCGAGACUUGGCGCAGCACGCAGACACGCUCCUGUCUAAAGACAAAGAAAUAGCUGCGCUGCAGCAGGAGUGUCGAAAACUAGAGGCCAGGAUAGGACAGGGGAAGGGCUAUCCUGGCCCAGCAGCAGCAGGAGAGUUUGAGCGUCUGUUGAAGGAGUCUCAGAAGGAGGUGCUGCGUCUGCAGAGACAGCUCUCAGUCAGCUCAGCUCGAGAGCAGGUCGGUCCUGCAGGAGCAGAGAAAGAGGAGAAAGAGGAACAGGUUGGGUCUGAAACCCCAUGCCCAGUAUUAGAUGAGGCCCCUGUUAAAGGGGAGAAGGCUCCUGGAGAGGAGGAGGAGGAGUCUAGAACACAAGUGACGCCCAAUCAAAGCACUCACAACAGCCACCAAGAAGAGCAGACGCAAGAGGAGCGCCUUCAGUUUCUGGAAAGUGAGUUGAGCAAGAAGAGAAAAGAAUGUGAAGGCCUUGAGCAUGAAGUAAGGAAGAGGCAGAAAAGAUGUCUCGAUUUGGAGAGCCAGCUUGAAGAUGAGCGCAGCAAAAAUGUGCGCUUAACAGAGGAGGCUGAACUCCUCAGGAGGAAGGCUCAGCUGCUUGAUCAGUCUCAGGUUGAGAAUGAGGAGCUGAGGGAGGAGCUCUCUGCACUGAGCGCUCAACACAGUUCAGUUCUCGAGGAGAACCAGAAACUCCGUGCCAAACUGGAGAACCUAGAGCAGGUCCUGAAGCAUAUGCGAGAGGUCGCAGAGCGCAGGCAGCAGCUGGAACUGGAACAUGAGCAGGCAUUGGCUAUCCUCAAGUUCAAGCAAGAUGAGAUCAAACGACUUCAGCGGGCUCAGUUAUUUGCCAAGAGGGAACAUGAAGGGGUUGUGCAGAUGCUGGAGAACACACUGGACUGCAUGCAGACAAAGGUGCGAGAGUUGGAGGACAAAUGCCGUACUCAGAGCGAGCAGUUCAGGCUGCUCUCUCAGGAGCUGGAGAAGUUUCGACAGCAGGCCUCCAAGAUCGACCUGUCCGCUUCCGGCCUGCUGAGCCACAGCCUCACUCAGCUCCCCAACGGCAUCGGCCUGACUGGAGACACCGGCACUAGUGCCUCAUGGGAUGACAUCGCCUUCUGGAGUCUGGAGGGUAACGAGGCCCUCUGUGACGUCACUGAGCAGGAUGUUGCUGCUGUCCUUCGGGCCGGCUCCACCCCUCAUGCGGCAGGUCUGUCCCGGCCCGAGCGCUCCCCAGCCAUAAAGCACCGUGAGCUGCCCAGCCUCAGCCUGAAGUCCACCUCCACAUCCAGCCCCUCGCCACCCAAAUCUGAGACCACCCACCUCUCCCCCAAAUCAGCACUUGGCUCACGCCCGGCCAGCCCACGCAAGGCCAGCCCCACACACGAGGUGGACACUGCCAGUGAGGUGGAAGAACUAGACAUUGAUGUGUCUCCCGCACCAGUACCAGUAAGCCGAGGAGCUGCUAAACUCCAGGUCUUCAUUGCCCGUUACAGCUAUAACCCAUACGAGGGUCCAAAUGAUAAUCCAGAGGUGGAGCUGCCCCUCACUGCUGGAGAAUACAUCUACGUCUAUGGGGACAUGGAUGACGAUGGCUUCUAUGAAGGCGAGUUGAUGGAUGGACGUCGAGGUUUGGUCCCGUCCAACUUCGUGGAGCGUGUCUCAGAUGACGAUGUCAUGAGCGCCCACCUGCACGAAGCCGGCGACCUCUCGCACAACUCCUUCCAGGAGAGCAGCUUCCACAGUGGCAGCGAGAGGCUGCACCAGCACCACUUGCGCUUCGCCCACAGUGCCUCCGAGAGGUCGGAAGCAUCUGCCUCGGCCCCCGCCGUCACUACUGACAACGCAAAGGCCAACUCCAUUGCCCCCUUACUUCCCCCUGCCCCCCUCACCAAUGGUCUAGACCUGGAUCUGGAGGAGGUGGGGGCCGACACUGUGCCUUACCCACGCAAAAUCACACUGAUCAAGCAACUGGCCAAGAGCGCCAUCAUUGGCUGGGAGCCACCACUGGUGCCGGCCGGCUGGGGCGCUGUGUGGAGCUACAAUGUCUACGUGGACCAGGAGCUGAGACUCAACGUCCCCUUUGGGGCUCAAACCAAGGCGGUCCUGGAGCGGCUGGACCUGAGCCAGAAGGCUUACCGUGUGGCCAUUCAGAGCCUGACAGAGCGUGGUGGUUCAGACCAGCUGCGAUGCUCGAUGCUGGUGGGCCGGGAUGUAUGCGUGGCACCCACUCAGCUGAGGGUGGAGCGCGUGACGGCCACCUCAGCCUGCCUGAGCUGGCUGCCCAGCAACAGCAACUAUGUGCACAUUGUCUCGCUGAACGACGAGGAGUGCGAAUUGGUCAAGGCCGGCUGCUACUCGCUGUGCCUCAGUAACCUCUCGCCCAGCCUGCACUAUCGCGUCAAAGUGGAGGCGCGGCCGCACCGCACGCCUUGGGAGCUGCCUCUGGAGCAGCGUGAGCGCAAGACCGCCAUCACCUCCUUCACCACUCUCACUGCAGGUCCCCCUGACGCUCCUCUGGAUGUGCAGCUGGAGCAUGGCCCAUCUCCAGGGAUCGCUCAGAUCAGCUGGCUGCCCGUCACCAUUGACGCUGCUGGAACCUCCAAUGGGGUCAGAGUCACUGGCUACACCAUCUAUGCUGACAAGAAGAAGGUGCUGGAGGUGUCCUCCCCCACGGCAGGCAGCGCUCUGAUUGGUCCCUCUCAGAUCCAGACGCUUCAGGCGGCUCAUGAGAUUACCGUGCGCACCAUGUCGCCUCACGGCGAGUCCGCCGACUCUGCACCUGUUAACGUGCCCGCCAAGCUGCCUGCCAUCAUGACUGGCGCCUCUUUGCCUCAGCGCCAGCCUGUGCCAGCCCACGCCAGUGUCCUCACCGCCGGUGCCACCACUAUGGAGCCCGCUGUCUGUGCCACGUCUCUGUCUGCUGCCAAAACACCCACAAUGCCACUCAGCCCUGUCCAAGACGCACAACCCCCAGGCCCUGUCAGGGGGGUCUACUCCAACAUGGCCAAAGCCACCACCAAUAAUGCCCCCCUGCCCGCUCCCUCCAUAGUUGAGGCGUGGGCAAACCCCACUGCAGUUGCCCCCCUGACAGUUGCCAUGGCUGCGCAGGAAGCACGGCCACUACCUGUUGCCAAGUCUAAUCCACCACAGGUGAAUGUGUCGCUACCUGUGGUUGUGCCCACUCCUGUACCAGUCCCAGUGCCCGUUGUCACGGCUGUUCCCAUGGCAACAGCAGCUCCAGCCUCUGCGCAGCCUAGUGUGGUCCCCGCAGCAAUGCCGGAGCCCAGCAGAGACACAGACAGCCCGAAGUCCCUUCGUCCCGUCGCCUCCAUCUCUGAUUUCUUGGAGGACCCCCGUGCCAAGCUCCACACACCUCCGCCUGCUCCUAGCGUGCCCAAGGUCACCGCCACAGGAACGGAUCCGCUCAACGUGCCCGACACACACCCACUGCGGCCACCCAUCCCCUCCCCGCUGGAGUCUGAGCCAGAAGACGACAGAGAGAACGCCCGGCUGGUGUCCAUUGAUGAGUUCCUGCGGCCUGAGCCUCAGCCCAGAAUAAAGAUAUAUGCAGGAGGUCUUAUGGACCCUCCUCCUGACUACCCUGCGGAGAGCAGCCGGUCAGACCUGUCCGACAUCCUGGAGGAAGAGGAGGAGGAUCUGUACUCGGAGUCAACGGCUGAUGUGACACCUAGAAAUUACAACUCUGGACCUGCUGGCAGGUCCGAGGUUUGGGAGCCAGACAGUGACGAGGAAGUGCUGGAGAAGAUCCUGAAGCUCCACCCCCAGGCCUAUCACAACAAGCAGCUGUUCAGCAUACCUGAGGUGACCGAGGAAGAGGACAAUACUGAAUCUGAGCCACACUCCUCCAGGGCGCCUCCUGUCCAGGGGCCGUCAAUGUGUCGGCCUGUCCCAGGAGAGAGCCACCACCAUGGCUCUGAAGCUUUCCAUCACCCCCUUUCCCACCAGCACCGCCAACCUUACCACAAAGCCAAAGUCCGAGAGCCAGCAGCAAUGCAUGGAGGGGCUGGGCAAGUCCGGCCUCGUCCCAGGGUACACUAUGCUGACACGGUGGACACCAUCAAUUACGAAGAUGACGAGGAGGUGGAGCUGGACUCGGAUAGCAGCCUGUAUGCCGGACCCUGCAGCAGGGAGGUAGUAGUCCGGCGGCCACAUCGGACACAACGGGACAGCGACCGACUCCGCAGGGAGGCCAUGUUACGGAGUCAGAUGACCUCUGAUCUAGUAGCGAUGCCAUCUGGGACAGACCAGGUACCCUACCUGCUCAGCAGGACAGUGCAUCGCGUAAAAUCACCCACGGGACCUGCUGUGGAGAUUGAUGUGGAGUAUGGGACAGAUGACGAGCCGGUGCCUUUUGAUCCUGGAGAGGUAGUGGUGGAGCAGAUGAGCUCAGAGUGGUGGGUCGAGGGUGGCAACCAUGAAUAUCAUCCCGUGCCCCUGCCGAGACGGCUCAAACAGGAGUUGCCUGCAAUCAUGCCACCGGGCCACCACUCAUGGGAAACAGCAAGUCGAGAGGUUCCCCUGACAGACACAGGAGCAGCCUGGUGUGUCCCCAGAGAGCUAUCCCCGAAAUUAAGCCGAUCAGAGACCAGAUUGCCCAAAGAUGUUGCAGAGUCAAGGCCUGUUGGUGAAAAUGAAGUGCGAGUUUUCGUUGCCCUCUUCCCCUAUGACCCUGCCACAAUGUCGCCCAAUCGUGAUGCUGCAGAAGAGGAGCUUCCCUUUAGGGAAGGCCAGAUCAUUAAGGUCUACGGUGAUAAAGAUGCAGAUGGGUUUUACCGGGGCGAGUCAGGUGGUCGUCAUGGUUAUGUGCCCUGUAACAUGGUGUCUGAAAUCCAGGUGGAUGACGAGGAGACCAAGGAGCAGCUGCUGCAGCAGGGUUUUCUCUCCACUGAUGCAUCCAUGGAGAAGAUAGGCACACGCUCACUCGCUCAGCUUCCGCACCGUCCGGCCCCGCCGCCCAAACCUAGACGCUCCAAGAAAGUGGAGACAGCAGGAGUCUUUGAAGAUCAGUCCAUCAUUAAUACCUGCAGCCAAGAUAAAACUAGACACUCUGCUGUUGCCAUGGGAAACCCUGGACCUCGCAGAAUGGUGGCCAUCUUUGAUUAUGACCCAAGAGAAAGCUCCCCCAAUGCUGACAUUGAGGCUGAGCUAACCUUCAGUGCUGGGGACAUAAUCUAUGUUUUUGGAGAUAUGGAUGAUGAUGGCUUCUUUUACGGAGAUUUAAAUGGGCAGAAAGGCCUGGUGCCCUCCAACUUCCUCCAAGCUUUUCCAGAGACAACGGAGGAGGCAACAGUGGCUGAACCCCCUGUGGCCAAAAGCCGGAGAGACUCUCAGGUGAGCCAUGUUGCUGUUUUAGAGCAGACAGACGCUGUAAUAUCUGCUCCCCCAGAGGAGAGUCCAGCAGCCCUGUCAGAACCAAUCCAGCACCCUGACCAGCACCAAGACACAAACUCCGACCCCUCCCCAGUCUUAGCACCCACAGCACCCCCUUUACAGCCUGUGGAAAACUCCUCUCUCACCGAGACCUCCCCACCAGAGAAGAAGAAAAAAGGCUUCUUCUCCAAAGGCAAGAAGCUGUUCAAGAAGUUGGGCUCCAGUAAGAAGGAAUAAAUGUGAAAGACUGUUACCUUGAAUAAUUUGCUAAUUGCACUUUUUCAUGUCGAUGCUGGUUUGUCUGUAUGUUGUUUCGAUGGUUCGUGUGGGUGAUUGGAGGGGGUAGAGACACAUUGUCUUACUGUGGGGGGAGAUGUUACUCUCCUCGACUGGUGAUUUUUUUUUUUUUUUUUUUUUUGGAUCGAUUUCGUCUCUACUUGCCACUUUAUUUAUCCUUCAAAAGCAUGUAAGACUUUUGAGACCAAAUGGUUAAAGAAAUGGUUUGUCCACAAAUCAAAUUAACACAAAUUUCCUCUGAACCCCUCUGAAGUGUAGUUGAUUAACCAAGACAUUUUGUGUGUCUAAAUUUGGCUUUUUAGUUUAACGCCAGAGCUACAAGGCUAAUGUUGCUAACAAGCACUAGAAGUGUUCUCACCCAAAUCUUUUCUGUAAAUACAUCCCUAAAAUUUCUCUUAACCUGCUCUAACUGCAUCGUCUUCAAUACACAACAUCACACAGACCUGUGGAUGUGGUUUAGGACCCACUGUGACUUGCUUUGAACUUUAAACGAACAAAACCGUGUAGCUGAAGAGUGUGGGCAGCCAUUUUAGACAGCAGGUGUUGCUACUAUAAACAGCUGAUACUAUUUAUAAACAUAUAGUUGAUCAAGAUCAACAGUCUUUUGUAAAUAGAAACAACAGAAAUCAUGAGCAAACUCCAUAGUCCAUGGUCGUACACACAAAGGGGAGGUGGAUUUUGGCACAGAACCCCAUUGUCUAAGAUGGCUGCACAGCAUGCAGCUGCACAGUAAAGUUUUUUUUUUGUAGCUCACAGUAAGUCAUACUGUCCUAAACUACAUCAAGUCUGUGCAAACUUAAUGAAGGCCUGAAUGCAAAAGUUUGCAAAGGGCUGAGAGAGGUGAUGGGGAUGUAUUUAUGGAAAAGAUUUGGGUGACUAUUGAAUCGUAGUGUUUAUCAGCGUUAGGCUUUUAGCUCCUGUUCUGAAACAAAGAAGCAAAAUUUGUACUCUAGACAUGUCUCGGUUGAUCAACUGCAUCUGGGCUAAGUGGAAAACCGUGUAAAUUAGAUUUUUCACAACACCAUUCCUUUAAAAUGCAUUAAAGGAAACUGCUGUUUUGAGAAUUUUGAGCAGAAGUCAAGCACAAUAAUAAGACUCCUGUUGUUAGUGUUCUGUUCGGUUGAGUUGAAUCAUGGUCACUCGAGUUCUCUUAAGGUGGAAGUGGUUUUUCUGAGCUCUCAGCUUACACAUCCCUCUCUCAACAAUAAAAUCAAAUGUCGGGGAUGAAAACAUUUAACUGAUCAAACGUUAACCGACAAACGAACAGUUGUUUGACAAAUGCUGUUGGUUUAAAAACGUGUUAAUUUGACUUAUUUCCAAUAAACAGCCGUGCCUGUUUGAAUGGGGACGUUUUUGAAGUGCUUGACAGGACAGUAGACGGUUAUUUCCACUAGAUGGGCCUCUUAAAGAAUGCAGCAUGCAGCUAAAUAUAGUAGGGUUCAAGCUCACCUUUCAACUACAGUGAUGUACCAUAUUCAUUGUUUCACAGAGACACUGAAGUAUGUUGAGCCAAAGCUUUGCAGCUUAGUGUAUUUCACCAUGUCACAAUGACAUAAUGCUGAUGAUGACACAGCUUAAAUCUGAAAUGGUGAAAAGACACUCACCAGAGAAAAUGCUCUCUUGUUGUAGCAACCUAGCUGGGCAAGCUGUACCAUAUUACUAGCAUAUUGUGACUGUGACGUACACUGAGCUACAAUGUUGUGUCAUAACACAGCCUGAUGUCAAAAAAAACAUAGCCAGACAUACCAGACACAGAUGUUAUGUUCACUUGAAAUUAAAACUGGCAGAUACAAAC